GUACGAUACGGUACCCCGCUCGUUGACAGCACUGGCGAAGGUAGUGCGCCGUAUAGAUAGGCAACAGCAUCCAAUAUGUGACCACUGAGGUUUCCAUACUCCGGACGUUCAACCCCCCCUGAUUCCUCGAACUUUGGCAGACUCAACAACUUCUCCGACCGUACAAACCUUCUUCUCUAAGAUGUCAUCGCUGCGAUCGGACUCCCACCAUCCCCCGUCAGACGACGUGGAUGAUCCAUUGAUAUUGAAGUUAGAAAAACCGCUGACGCUGCCGAUGUCAUUCGAUAGUCGGGAGCAAUUCUGGUGGAACAUCCUUUCUCUUUCCGGGAGAUGUUUGACAACGGCUCUUUCGCUAUCAUUUCUUGUUUUAGGCCUCCUGAUCUUUUCACGGAUGGGCGAAUUGUCGCUCUGGGAGCAGAGAGGGUUCAAUGCUAUUACAAUACUACUUAGUGCCUUCGCGAGUUUGGGCCUUGGAUCUAUGUUUGGAUAUUUAGGGUCUAUGCUAAGAUGGCCCCUGCUUGCCAGGGCAAAAUACAAAAUGCAGGACGUGUGUGAUUUGCGCCUUCCUAACUAAGAUCCUGGCCGAUUCUGACGGUCCAUAAUAGAUUGAACUCUUGCUUGCAAUGCCCUCCCCCAGCGGCUCGGCUGCACUCAUUUUCGAGCAUUUUCGGGAAUGGAGAUUGUCCAUGACAACCCUCAUUGUCCUGAUAUAUCUCCUCGUGAACAUUACCGGAAGAUUUAGUAUUGCCAUUUUCGGGUUGGUAUUCAACCUGGUGAAUGUCCCCGUCGUGAUACCUCCUACCCUUAUCACAAAUUGGGACUCUACUAUACUGCUCACCAGGAACGCUACGGACACCGGGGUGGCCGAGAAGGAGCUCAGUGAGAACUCUAUUACCCGCCGGAACACACGAUUUUCAUAACACCUUUAGCUGACCCUGUGUGCAGGAUCGUACCUCGAUCUGACUGAAGGCGGUUUAGCUACACUUACUCGACGACCGGAGAUUGACUUUAACCUGAAUGAGUUCCUGGACUUGACUGAAAAUACGCUAUACACCCUCGCCGUUAAUGGGACAGUUCUGGAACAGGAUGGUAAUACCGUGGAAUUCACUUAUAGUAUAAAGGAUUUCAAUGGAAUAGAACCAGUGUCGUCGGACCAUACUGUGCACUCCUCCGCUAGUUGCACUAUGUUCCGGGUUGAGGGAAGCGAGUACUGGAAAAACUACAGCGGUAGUGAUCAAGCAUCCAAGAGUAUAUUUCCAUAAUCCUAUGAAUUACGCACCAAAGGAAGAUUUUAUGAAGCUUACAUUGGUAUUUUGAACGAAAGAUUGGCAAGAUGAGAACAAUGGGGAGGAUAUUGCUGAAGUAAUAAGGGUACUGGAUGCCCAAAAUGCCUGGGCCGGGGAUGGUUCAGAAUGGGUCACUUGGGCAACACCACUAGCUGGGAAGCGGAAUGGAUCCUCUGUAACUUGUGGGAAGUCAGUUGCCAACUUUCCUGAAACAGUUUGCACUAAUACACUAUCCUCCAGAUGUGGUAUAUGACGCUACGGUCUGGGAAUGCACCUCAACCCUUUUUGAGAGGAAGGGGCAAGCCCCCCACCCACAACCACUAUUUAAUUCAGCCUCGCUUUUUCUCCUACCAAUUGCGAACGAGGUAGAACGCGGAGUAGUGUUUUCAGCCUCGGUUCUCACUAGCACAACAGAAGUCGUCUCUGAGCACCCCAUAACCUAUACCAGAUCCUCUGUGACGAAGAGCACUGAUACCGGGGCGCCGAACCCCGGAGUCAUAACCUCCACUUCAGCCUGGGCCGAAACUAGUACAUCACUAUCUACAGCAUACAGAACUUGGACAGUCACCGCGGAGCCUGUCAGGGCGGGCAAGACCACCUCAAUAGCUUACCGGUGGUUCGGGGAACUUCAAAGCCGAACGAGUCCCUCCGUCGGCGUGCAAAAGCUCAAUUUUUACGGAAACGGCGAAAGAGGUUCCGACAUUCAAAGGCAGUACUACAGCCUUUACGUUGCCGCCUUGAUAGCCCGCCUUCCCAUUGCCGCAAUAGCCUACGGAAACCAAGUAUUCCCGCGCAAGCUAAGGGAUCCGAAAGCCGGCCCAACCAGACAUGUGCUAACAACACUAGAGGUGAAAUGGCAUAGGGUCUGGAUCGCGGCGGGUAUCGUAGUCGUGGGUCAGGUUCUUGCGAUUAUGGUUGUUCUGUAUUACUGUCGGAAUGUAUAUGUUCGGGAGGAUAGUUAUCUAGUUACGGCUGAGCUAUUGAAGACGGUGUUGAGCAAGAUUGGCGACGGUAGCAUGAUGACUACGGUGGAAUUGGAGGAUGCUUUGGACAAGGUGUUGAAGGGUCCCGUUAGCUAUGGGACUGUCUCCGGCGUGCAGGGAGAUUACCCGCGGGUGGCUUUGGGCGGCAAUGUGAAUUGUAGCUUUCCGGAAUAUUCCCCUCUCCGAAAGCGUGGGGUCUUCUGACAGUGAGAGGGGAUGGUGGUGGUGGUUUGGGGGUGUUUUGUGGUUCUAUAGGGGAUUCGGGUUACAUUGGAGGCUAUCUUAGGAUGGAGGAAGAAGGGAUCAGUCUUAUAG